AUGGAGGCGCCGCGCCGCGCGCUCCCCGGCCUCCUCCUGCUCGCGCUGCUUCCCUGCUGCUACGUCCUGCCCCGAGCGGCCGCGCAGGCCCAACCGGCGGACGAGGCGCGGCUGCUGCUUCGGAUCAAGCGCGCGUGGGGCGACCCGCCCGUGCUCGCGGGGUGGAACGCCUCGGCCGCGGGGGCGCACUGCACGUGGCCGUACGUGGGGUGCGACGCGGCCGGGCGCGUCGCGAGCCUCACCCUCGCGAACGCCAACGUCGCGGGGCCCUUCCCGGACGCCGCCGUCGGCGGCCUCGCCGGGCUCACGCACCUCGACGUCUCUAACAACAGCAUCACCGGCGUGUUCCCGGCCGCGCUGUACCGCUGCUCUGCGCUUCGGUACCUCGACGUGUCCCAGAACUACCUCGGCGGUGAGCUCCCCGCGGACAUCGGCUUCCGCCUGGGGACGAACCUGACCGCGCUGAUCCUCAGCGGCAACAGUUUCAACGGCACCAUUCCGGCGUCGCUCUCCGGCCUCGGGAAUCUCCAGCAACUCAAGCUGGAUAACAAUAGACUCGUCGGCGCCAUCCCAACGGAGCUCGGCAAGAUGACGAGGCUUCAGACGCUCUGGUUGGCGAACAACCCGUUCGACGCAGGCGAGCUGCCGGCCUCGUUUAAGAACCUGACCAACCUGACUAGCUUCUGGGCAAGGAACUGCAACCUCGUCGGCGACUUUCCAAGGUAUGUGGUGGACAUGCCGGAGUUGGAGAUACUGGACCUGUCCGUCAACAUGCUCACCGGAAGCAUACCCCCGGGGGUUUGGAGCCUCAAGGAAUUGCAAGCACUGACAGCAUUCAGGAACAACCUCACCGGCGACUUGGUGGUCGAUGACUUCGCCGCGAUGGGCUUGACGAUGAUCGACUUCUCGGAGAACAACCUUACCGGAGUCAUCCCGGAAGUCUUCGGGCACUUGGAGAACCUCACAUAUUUGUACCUCUUCAGCAACAGCUUCUCCGGCGAGAUACCGGCAAGCCUGGCCAAAUGCUCCAAUCUCCGAACCCUAAAUCUACGCGAUAACCGGAUCUCAGGCGAGCUGAAGUCAUAGAUAGACAAUGUAACCAGUUCAUAAGUCUCCUAGCUACGAUGUGCCACAAGCGUUCCUAAGCUCAGCAGGUCCGUUGUGACUAUGUGAGCUUGACGAUAGCUAGAGAAAAGGUGCGUUGGGUCGGAAUUGAUA